UAACGGUUGAGACACACAUCAAUACGUUCGCCAUUUUAUGUCUGAAUACAGUUCACUAAUUAUUUAUGAUAAUGGCAGCCAGAAGACGAUUGUUAUAUACACAUUAGAUUAUUCCAAAACAUUUUAUUUGUAUUGAGAUUGCUUUAACAGCUGCUGACAGUAUUAUGGCUGACAUUUUUAAGAACCUAAAAUAAUGCUGCAUCUGAGAAGAAUACCAGGCAUUCUUUACAAACGGCGGUAUGUGACAGCAACUUUAAUAAUAUUCUUACUAACGAUCAUAUACUACCUUAUACACUGGGGCAUUAUGUGUACUAACCUGGAGACUUGGCAACACGUCAGUCAUCUGUGCCGGCUCCACAGGAGGGGUGAAGCUAUUGGCAGUCUCUGCAAACCACUGUGUGUUGACAAGCAGAUUCAUUCUUUGACUUGUCAUGCAUUUCAUGCUGGCAAGGAAGCUGUCUUCUCUGCAAAGUGGGAAGGCACUCGAAUGGUAUUCAAAGCCUCAAGAAAAGCCAGUGGUGAAAACAUGGACCCUGUUUAUUGGCUUGACAGUGAUGGGGCUAGACAGUAUCCAACAGAGGAUGAGUUUGAUACAAUGGUUCGUAAUGUUGUGAUAUCAAAAUUGAACCUUACUAUUUCCAAUAACCAGCUGAGUAGAUUAAGCCGUCUUGGUUUCUCAAGAGCAAAGGAGAAGUCACUGAUGCGACACAUUGAGAUGCAGAAUUUAUGGUUUCUGAUUCAAGAUAAUGAAUAUUUGUGCUCCAUUCUGUAUGCAGACAGAGAUAUCUUCCCACAGCUGCUUGGUACUUGUGGCCCAUUUUUUGCUGUUGAGUAUGUAGACCCUGUAGAGAUGUCUUCUGGUGUGAUGUCAAUGGGGGAAGGCCAUGAGGAAUGGGCCAUGAGGCUCAAGCUUGCAGUUCUUAUGAUGGACCUACUGGACGAGUUAGAGACAAACCUUGCUGAACCUUUCCAUUUAUGUGAUAUCAAGAUGAGCCACUUUGGUGUUACGAAGGGUGGGCAGCGUUUAAAAUUUCUUGACCUUGAUUCUGUCCUGCCACGAACAGUUGUUGGACAUAUGACUGCUGAUAAUAGUCAUUGUACCCAACAUGAAGACUGUGACUUCUUUGACUGUCGUUCUAAGUGCAAUGCUGUUUCUUCUCGCUGUGAUUCACCAGUUACAAAUGACAAUUUCCAGGUGGUGUGUGAGAAGAUCUUUCUGGGCUGGACUCUAUCAGGAACAGUGAUUGUACCAGGACUGCUUAUGUCACAGCACACACCAUCAUCCCUGGCAGCCCUGCUCCGUCUUUGUGCAAAUCCAGACACAGACUUCAACAGUCCAAGGGCUGCUGUUCCAGAAGACAUCAGACAUCGUCUGUAUGCAACACUCACUGAAAUGGAACAGACCCUAGCAAAUGAAGUUCUUGUAUGAAAUCCUAGACAAAUUAAUUAGAAAACAGUGGAAUGAUUUUUAUUGCAAGUUUCUUUUAUUUAUUUUUUAAUAAGCAUUUUAUUUGUAAAUAACCACUGAGAUUUAUAUACAAUGUUGUCAUUAGAUUAGAGUAUAUGCUACCAAAGAAUUGUUUUUUUCAUGAUACCUAGUUAGAAAAAGAUAAAUAAAAUAUAAAGGUAACAAUGCAAGGACUGAUGCUUGCUUGUUAUAACUGUGCAUGUCAGAUGGUAUAUGCAGUAAUACUGUCCCUAGUGAUCAUUAAAAUAUGUUAUGCAGUGCCUGAAUGCAUAUACAGACAUAAUACAGUAAACAGCAUGGUAUAUGAAGUCCAUAUACAAUUAAUAUAAGUAAAAGUCACUCCUGUUCCUGAGUUGUACAUCAUGGAAGUGAAGAUCUGAAUGCUACAUGGAGGUGAGUGAUCAGAUCGAACCUGCCAUUGCUUUACUCCAGGGAGAGAGCUCUUGGUUGUGACUGGAUAGGAGGUUGGACAGGUCCAAAAGAAUGUCUGUACCAGAAACUGAACCCCAGUUGCCGAGCCUAUAGCCAAUCACUUUACUGAACCGUCACAGUUCAUUAUAAACUGAGGAAAUUAUUUAAUUAUGUUUAUUUGAUGUUAACCCCCACCUCCCCAAUGACUAAGUGUAGCAGUGAGAAUCAUGGCUUAAGACAAGACAUUUUGCUCAGGUAAUGAAGGGAUUGGAGGUGAUUUGGCUUCAGACUAUGUGUCCAAUGUUAUGUUUGUAAAAUCACACCAUUAAUUUUCAGAAGCUUUUAUUAAAAUACAAGUCAAAAUUGUUUUUUAAUAUAUGUUACAAGACCUCAGUUGAGAACUGAAAAAAGUAGGUUCUCCUGGCAUAUAAUUUGACAGUUGAGAAAUUACUGAAAACUAAAUCAGGAUAAUGCAUUCCAUGUAUUGAUCAAAUACACAUUUUCAUAAUGUUUCUGACUUCUGUAUACAGCCAACACUUGUUGAGGAUGGUUAGAAUUUUGUGACCCUACCCCACAUUACCUCAGUAAUAUCCUUCAUUUUAGGUCUGUGACUUCAGUGGGGAAAAUAUGAUAAACUCCACAUGCAGGGUUUUGCUAUGCAAAGUAUAGGCUACAUCUGAAGAAUUUAUGUGUAGAAUCUAACAGACUACAUAUUAUAGAUGUUCAUGUUGGUCUUCCACGUGGACUUGUAGGUAGACACCAGGAAACUGACACAGCUGGUAGCCCAAAAGAACUUUAUUAUGUCACAAAACUGACAUCACUGCCAUGAGAACCUCAUACAGGUUUAACAAGGUCUUUCUUGGGCUGUUGACAGAUAUUCAAGUCAUCAGUAAAUUCCUUCUUGUCACAAAACUUGAAGGUUCAUCACCAUAAUAACAAGAGCCCUGUAAGCUAAGUUUGGCAUCACAUCACUGUUACUUAACCUUUUUGCAAGUGAGUAAUACAUAUACAGAUGUAUGAAAUUAUGAAUUUUUGUAAUAAGUACAUGUGUUUACAAACCGAGAUUUAAGAUUCUCACAGCAGUUAAUGUCAGUUGUGGUCUUCUGGGCUGUGACGCCAUGACACAUCACAACCCAGAUCACGAAUGACAUGUGUAUGAGGUUUUUCCUUAUUAGAAACACGUGAGAGUCAGUGUCACAUACUUUCUCUUGCCUUUAUCAACCUUGCAUGACUUUCCAGACUUUAAGGAUUAUUCAUAAAAAUAAAAUAUUUAAAUGUAAUUUAAAUAGACUGAAAUUAUUUACCAUAAAUAAAACAAAUAAAUUACGCUAAGAUCAGUUUCUGUAAGUAAUACUCCAGCAUGUCUUAUAGGCAUACUUUUGUAGCUGUGGUAGACAUUUGAGAUUAUGUUAUUUUACAUAUGUUGGAAAUAAAAUCAUUUUCAUUUUAAAAUGUUUUCAGUUCUUUGUGCCUGGUGGUAACUAUAUAUACCACAUACUUUAACAAUCAAUAAUUCUGCAUUUUGCCCACAAAGUACAUCACUUUCAAGUGAUUCUUAGAAUAAACUUAUCACGUCUUUAAACAUCAAGUAACCAGCCCUUGUAAUGGUUAUGUCAGUGUUUUCUUUUAAGUAUGGAAUGAAUGUGUAAACAUGAAGAUUAGUUUUGGCUUCAGAGUAUUAAACAUUGUCUUAUAUGUGCAAA